AUGUCAACACUAGAUAUUCCUCAACUAGCAAUACUUCUAAAGUCCCCAAAAGUCAAAGAUAGGAAUGAUGCUUUAGUACAACUCGAAAUUAUUACUUCUUCGCGAUGGAGACUACCGCUGAAACAGUUGCGAAUAUUAGCUAGUGCUAUCUUCCAGUUAAUAGAUAACGAAUCACAACAGUUCAUACACAGCAAAUCUACCACACAGGCAUCUGUGGCAUCUCGUUUGAAUAAAGCCAGCUAUUUUCUAAGGCUUCUAAUUGAGAGGUCAAUCACCGAUAAGCUAAGCAUUAAGUACAAAUAUUAUCUCGAAAUAUGCUUUACUAUCAAAGGAUUAUUCUACAUACAAGAUCAGCUUUUGAGUCCGUGUUGUAUUGAUUUUUCGAUGACAAUAGCCGCUAUAUUGGGAAUUAAUUACGUUAAUGAACAUUUGAAUAACAAAGACUGGUCGGCAAUUUAUGCAUUCCUUGUGACUGCUGUUGAUCGAACCUUGGAGGAUAUGACAAUGGCAAUGCAAUUCAGCAGUACCAACGAAAAGGUUUUGAUAGAAGUUUUUACGGCAUUGCAGAGUCUACUUCAGUGUGACAAGUCGACCAAUUGCCUUCAGUUAUUUGAGAACGAAAACUACUUUAGACUUUUGCCUUUGUUGAACAAGACUAUAGCUUCUUUCAAGAAAGAACAUCCAAUUCAUAUUACAAUUUUCAAGAUUCUCAACAAGCUCAUAAUUGUUCUUGCGACUACCGACUUUAAGUUUGUCCACAACUUGAUUGUAUUGGGCCUCGAAUUAAUGGUAACAUGUCAGAAAACACGGUGGGAAAAACUUCAAGAACAAUUCUUGAUCUUUUUGAAUUUGCAAACAACUCAUGAUUUUAUGUAUUUAGAAAAAUUUCCCAAGCUUAUAGGAGAUACUGAAAUCGAGUUUGCUUUCCUUUCGGAAGAAUCUAUUGAAACACAAAGUAAUAACGGAAGUGGGCCCAACUUACUAUAUUCUAUGGAAUUGCUCAUUAUUGAGUUGUUGAAUUAUUUGCUUGUACUAUCUUCGGAGGAUAUAUGUCGAGGAAUUGGGCUCAUGGAUUCUUGUGAAAAUGCUGACUGGUUCAAACUUCGCACUAUAUAUCUUAAAGGUACGGAUAGCCGAUGCUGGUUGUACACAACAGCAGCAACAAGGUUGGUAAAAACAUAUUUUGAUGUGAAGAAAAACUUGAUGCUUCUGCAAGAGACAAACAGGGUCGGUAGAAGUCAUAUCAGUGACAUUAUAUUCAACAACUUGGUUUCUUCAUAUAGCAUGAUAGAUUUUUGUAAUUCGAUGGUCCUGUAUCGAGCACCCCCGGGAUUCCACUUGUUGGGUUUGACUUUGAUGGUUUUCUAUCUUGAAUUUGAGAUACAACUGAAACCUGGAAAAGAAGCUGUGCAAAGCCAGGAUUCGGUUGGCACAAGUAAAAAGGCAAAUACAUCAUUUGACUUUACUUUGUCCGGCAUGUCUGAUACAAUCGAUUUACCAGAGCUUUUGCAAAGUGCCCUAAAAACAGUUGACUAUGAGUACGGCUACUUUUGGCUCAUGAUGUUGGCAAGAUCCGUUUUAAAUACAACCAACUUGCAAGAGCUUAAUCUGAGGAAGAAGUACGAACAACUUCGCCAAAUCCUAAAGUUGGCUCUAUAUGGUAUAAACAAGCCCUACAGUCAUGUUGCUUGUGACUUGAUUUCUGGACUAGUGUUGCGACAUCAUUACAAAGCCAACAAGAUUGCUGACGAUGCAAUAAUUACACAAUUGGAAUCAAUAAUCGAUUUCCCUGGAGUGAACGGACCGUCAAUUCAUAAUGAGAGUUUUGGCUUUUGGUACACAGUAAAUACAUUAUGCAUUGACCUCAACAUAAAAAAGAAAAGCGUCUUGGCCCGCAAGAUUGAUGAAUGGUUGUGUGAAAAAUGGGAUACUGCAUUCACUUCGGAAGUGCUUAUCGAACAGUCUUUUGAUGAAUUUGUAUGCUGGUUGUACGGAUUGGUCCCCAAAGUCGGUAAUAAACUCGAACAUCGAAAUUCCUAUGAAGGAUCAUUUACUAAGCUUAUGCAUUUGCAAAUGUCUCAGCAGAAAUUGGAGUCAUUUAUUGCCUUAAAGAAGAAGGCUGAUAAAGUUGAGGAAUCAUUGAAUGGAAUUUCACCGAUAAUGUCUGUACAGAACUUCAAUUUUUGGAGUAAGGUUUCCUCCAUGUUCAGCAAGUUGAAUACUGAGCCCAUUUCAUAUGAUAAGCAUUUUAGCUGGUUGAUUUUGCUACUGAAAUUAUUGCUGAAGAUGUCUUGCAUAUCGAGCAGUCGUGAUCUUUGGGACACUCUAUACUAUCAAGUCACCAUUGGGCUUGAAGCAUACCUGACUUUUAACGUGUCAAUAGAAGAUACCUUUAACAUCAUUCGCAUGAUUGUUGACUAUUCGUUAGAGGAUGCAGAUGGGACAAUUACUUUCCUUUCAAGGGUGCCAUUUGAUAAAUUUCUUCGUUGCCUCGUGUCGAGUUUCCAAAUUCGAAACAAUCGAGUAAAGAGGCCGCACAGUGACGAGGAUAUAGAAUUUUCAGAGGUUAGAGAAAGUAGCACUACUCCAGAGUCAGCAUCGAUUGUAACCUAUGGCUACCAUGAAUAUAAAUCCUUACCCAUUAUUGACCUUGUGAAAUUUAAAGUAUUGCAAUUGCGUGUUUCAGGAAAGGAUGACAUGGAAAUCUUGUCUCAGCUAAUUUCAUUCAUUGAACAAUUUGGUAACGACAGCUUCUUGCCAGCUCUCUUGUACAUUGUUGACGAACAAUUGCCAAUGAUUCAUUGCACUGAUCAGAAGCCGCCUUUGAUAAGAUUGUUACGGGCAUUAGGAGGUCGAGCUCUCUCAGACCAGGAAUUUGACCGAAAUGAGAUAGUUUUGGUUACCGUCUCUCGAACUGUUACUCACUUACUUCCGUUACUCGUACCCUCGUCUGAUGAUCCAUUAUACAGAGAUUGCUUUGACAUUGUUCAAUGGCUCUACGCAUUGGGAAGCAAGAAUUAUAUCACAACUGAGAUAUCACUGCUUGACUAUAUCAAAUUUCUCGUCACUUUCUUGCAGAGCAAUAAUGAAAUGUUCAUUUCACAGGCAUCGCUCGUGAAGGAAACCUACUUGAAGUUUUCUCAAUCAACUAAUACAAUGAAAUCAAAAAUGGUUGAUGAUUUUUCCAAGCUCAUUGAAAAUUCCAACACCUCUGAGCAAAUGGAAAUAUACUCAAAAUUGUUUGAGUACUUUGUUACUCCUCAAUCUUCUGUGGAACGCGGGGCAACAUACGUUUUCUUUUUUUCCCUUUUAUCUGUUUCUUCCUCCACGAUUUUGAGGUUGGCUUUGUUUAAUCUAACAGAAUGUUCCAAGUUUACCUUUUUUGUUCCUUACUUGAAGCUUGCUUUUAAUGAGCUUUGUAUAAGAUAUGACCUACCUAGUCUGCAGAAACUUUUCGCAACAGUCAAAUUGGACUUACUCAGAGGGUGGUGGAUUUUCGAUUCAAUAAAGACGUUUCCAUUUUCUUUAUUCAGCUACGAUAGUUUAUCCGAAUUCUUGAGUGAUAACUAUCGUGAAAUUACAGCUGUUGUUGUUUCAACGAAGUCAAAUUCAGAUACAGAUUUUAGAACUGGAGACCGAUCAGUUGAGCUUUUGUCGCUAAUUGCAAAUGUGAGAAAUAUUGCUCCGGAGACACUAGUUGUGGAAAGCUUGUCAUUGAUCAUCCCGUUGUCCUACACCAAAAAUGGAAUUAAAAAUCGAAGUUUUGAAAUUUUGAUGGGCUACAUAGGGAGCUUUAAACAGGAGAUGAAAAUUCAGCUCCCAGUGAUCAUCUUCGAAAUCAUAAAGAUGCUUGACGUUUCAAAUGAAGCCGAAAUUGCAAGGCUACUUCCAAGAAUUGCACAGGUCUCGCAAUUGAUCGAUCAGGAAUCGAGUACCGUAAGCAAUAGCUCUGAAAUGGUUGUUCCUAUGCUUCCGGGUCUAGAAUUGAUCAACAAAGUGGUGGAUAAGUACUAUACAGAAAAAUCCUUCUUCUGGUCAACAGCGAUGAUAUAUUUUUUAAUUAGGAGAGUUGGGAUGUCAUUAAGUGAUGCACAUUAUCAGAGCACUUUGGUGUUUGGGUUGCGACGAAUCAAGUUGGUACUCAUCAUGGGUGGAGAAAAUUCAUUGUCGUUAGAUAUCAUUAACUUGAUUGUAAAAACAUCAACAUCAUUGCUUGAGGAUAAGACGGUAGCUCUAGAAGUUUACCGCAUGCUUGCCAUAUUUGAAAACUUUUAUCAGGUGGAAGUUGACUAUUUUGAAAGCUUAAAUACCAUGUUACUUUUGCUAAAUUCGCUAAUGGCAAAUCCUGUACAUGUGAAUAAUGAGUUGUAUGAUAGUCUUGUUGAUAAAUUGAACAUUUAUGCAGAUAAGCUCCUAGAGCUUAGCCGGGAUGCUCCUGGAAGGAAAGUAAUAAUAGCUGCCAUCAGAAAAUUAAGAGGUGAGCAAUCAUUGUUGCAAACAAGUGAUAUUGAAGAAUUCUUGAGUGAAAAAAUUAGUUACACUGCUAUUACUGUUGCUUCCAAGAUGUUUCUGUCUGUGGUAGAUCCAGAAGUGCUUUCAACGAAUGUUGAAAUGUUGAAAAACAUACUUGCUUUGAGUAAUGAACAACUGUCACGACUAACGGAGCAAUUCAAGCUAUGGUUGUCAAAGUGUUUGUCGAAAUAUUAUUAUGAUACAAAAACGUCAAACUUGUUGGAUUUGCUUGAAACAAGAGAGUACGAUGGUUCUGACCAACAGGAAUUGAGGCUGGAAUUGUCCUUUCUAGACUGUCCAAUGAGGGAACUCGUUAAAUACUCUACCGAAGGAAACUACUAUGAAGCAGCUUGUGCCGAAACAGUGUUGGGGGUCUUUUUUGACAUGGAAAAAGCAAACCCUGUGACCUUAUCGCCAUUUGUCAAUGUUGAGCCCAUUUACAUUUUGAUGUCAGGAUUUGUUCAGCGAUUGAAACUUCAAGCAUGCGUGUUGCUUAACGAUGAACCCAAUAAUAUUGUUGCUGACACCUCUCUUGGAAACCUAAUAGAUAGCUUUGAUUCAUUUUUUGACCUCAACCAAAACAACUGGUGCCCCAAAGUCUGCUUGGCAGUUCUCAAAGAGGUAGCCACAUUUAGCAUUAUUGGAUCCGUGAUGAGUAUCUUUGUUGUUAAGGUUCCGUCAUUUGCAUUAAAGACAAUAGCAUCGUUUAUUUGCUUUUAUCUCAAUGUCGCAACAACCAGUGGGGAAGAUAUAAUAGUUGCCAUGUUGAACAGCUUUGCCAACUUGAAGCAUCCAAAGAAAGAUUCUAUCAGAGUUUUCGUUGGUAUCUUGUUGAGUGUGAGAAUUGCCUCAAAAACUUCCAAUAAUCCAUCUUUUUCAAGAGUAUUUGAAAAGGUAGAUAUACUCAAGUAUUAUGAAUUGGCAUCUGAAUGCAAGAUGUACAAAUCGGCGUUAAUGCUAUUCGAAGAUGCGUUUUCUGAUCCAAGAUCAUCAGUAUUGUUAGAAAGCCAGCAUCUGACGUUACAAACUGUUUACGAAGGCCUUGAUGAUACAGACUUGAUAUAUGGUCUACCUGAGAAAACAAGCUUGGAUCAUUGCUUGACCCUGCGAUUAGAAAUGGGGGCUUCCGAUGUUCAAUUUCAAUACAGUAGUGGAUAUUUGGAUGCUAGUUUAAAAUUAAAUGCACCCCCUUUGAACGAUUUUACCACAAUGAUGCCAAAUUCUGGUAUGUUGGGGAUAUCGCUGAUAAUCAGUAAAACCAUGAACCAAUUUGUUACUGAAAACGAAACUUACGAGUGGAGCUGGAAAUUGUCGAAAUGGGAUCAACCUGUGCCUAAAUAUGAGCAGAAUGAACACCAACUGAUAUACAAGGUAUUAAAACAAGUUCAUGAUUUUCCUCAAAAUGGUGAAAACGCUUGUCGUGAAUCACUCUUGCGACUAAUGGAUGCCCGCACGACGGGAGAACAUAAAGCUGUCAAGGACAUACGAGAAAGUUUUAUGGGCUGGCUAAGAUCGUUGGCUUCGGUAACAGCCAUUGAAGACACGAUUAACAGUACUUCAUUUUCCACUUUAGAUGAGGAGUUGCCUGAUUUUGAAAAAUUUGAGAAUAUCAUAUUAGCAAAACAAACGAGUCUUCAAAUCUUAGCGGAACAGCCCGUCUCCCACACUCCUAGUGAUCUGCUCUGGUCACUAUCUUUAAAAGAAUUGGUUUUGUACAACAAUCUUGCUCGGGUUAAUAAUGAGCAACAAAAGAUGGUUUCCUCAACAGUUUUGAUUGAUAGCAUUUGCAAACAGUUACAGAACUCACAAAGCGCAUUGAACCAGAACUUGCUGCACUUAUCGCUGUUCCAAUUAGCUCAGUCAAUGUGGAAACAAGGUGUUACCAAUAUCCCAGUUUUGAUACUAAAAGAGUUGUAUAACGCAGGUGGAGUCGAUAUCUACGACCAGGAGUUGAAAGUGGAUAAGUUUAUGAUUAAGGCGAUGAUGAUAGAGUGGAUGUCAGAAUCGCGUCAGGAAUUAGCAUCGAACUUGAUGGAGAACCAUGUAUUACCGACAGCGGAAAAGGCUUUGAGGUUGGAUGAUCAGGUGCAACAAUCGAGAAUCUUUCGAUUAUUGGCACAAUUCUGUGACACACAAUAUAAAUCCAGAACACUUAGUGAACAAAUUCAAGUAUUAGAGAAACGUGUACGUGACAAGGAAACUGAGAUUGAGGAAUUGAAAAUCCAUUAUAGCUCCUCGCAGCUAUCAUCCGAUGAGAAACGCUCUAUUAAUAAGUUUUAUUCGAGGUUAAAAGUACAAUACAAAGCCGAGUGUACAGAUUUAGAAUAUGCCAGGGUUAGUAGAAAGCAGUUUGUGGUUAAAGCAGUUGAGUAUUAUUUACUUGCGAUGACAGUUAGCGAUUUCCCAGAAGAAGAUUUAGAUAAGUUUUGUGCCAUAUGGUUAGAGCAAUCGAAUGAUGAUGAUCUCAACGAUCGAAUAGGACGAAAGCUUCUUUCGUUGCCUACCCACAAAUUGUUAAGUUGGUGUGCACAAUUGAUUUCCAGAUUAACCAAAGAGGUGUCGAAAUUCCAAUCGAUUUUGAAACAGUUAAUUUUGCAAAUGUGUGUUGAUCACCCUUAUCACACUUUGUAUUUGUUGUUUUCUUUGAAGAAGCAUAAGCUGUUGGCACAAAAGGAUGCCAAUCCAUUGCUUGUAUCCAAGGCAAUAGCAGCCGAAGCAUUGUGGGGUGAAUUAAUGAACCAGGGCUCAGAUUUCGUGUAUGGAACACUAAGCGCAAUCCAAGCUUUCAGCGAGGAGUGUAUACGAUUGGCUGAAUUUAAGGCAUCAAGAGGCAAAACAUUAAAUCUCGAAAAGCUAAGUGAUUUUUCUUCCUUCUGGUUGCAUAAUUUGCCAAGAGUACCUCCCCCAACAAAGUCUCUCAAGGUUGAUAAAACCAAAUCUUACCUGGACGUUCCUGUUAUGGUUAAGAUGGAGAAGAGAAUUGCCACCGCCUCAACUGGUUUGAGCUUGCCCAAAAUUGCUACAUUUCUUCUCUCGGAUGGUUCUACGCAUGUAAUGUUGAUGAAGCAUGGAACGGACGAUCUUCGCCAAGACUCCAUUAUGGAGCAGGUAUUUGCAAAAGUUCAAAACGUAUUUACCAGAGACAAGGAGUGUAUCAAGAGAGGUUUAGCAAUUCGGACUUACAAUGCUGUGCCACUUGGUCCAAGAUCAGGGGUUAUAGAGUUUGUACCAAAUUCGACGUCACUUUUGGAUGCCAUCCUGCCUUAUCAUGCCAAAUAUGAUAAAAUGAAGAUUGAAAAAGCCAGAGAUAUCAUGCGACAAUGUCAGAAUCAGGAUAAAAUUGAACGGCUCCACGAGUAUCAAAGAAUUGAAGCAAAAAUCAAGCCUGUGUUGCAUUUGUUUUUCCAGGGUUGCUUCCUCUCGCCUGACCAGUGGUUUGAGAGUAGAGUCAAGUAUACACACGGUGUUGCAACUUCCUCCAUCGUUGGCCAUAUAUUGGGUUUGGGCGACAGGCACUGUAAUAACAUUUUGCUAGAUAGGCAAAAUGGGGAACCAAUACAUAUUGACCUUGGUGUCGCCUUUGAUCAGGGGAAGCAUUUGGCCAUUCCAGAGACAGUUCCUUUCCGGUUGACCCGGGAUGUUGUUGAUGGUUUUGGGGUCACCGGUGUUGAAGGUGCUUUUAGAAAGUCGUGUCAACAUACCAUGAGAGUGUUAAGAGAGAGUAGAGAUCACAUUAUAUCCAUCUUGGACGUAUUGAGAUGGGAUCCGUUGUAUUCAUGGACCUUGUCGCCGAUUAGGAAAAAGCGGUUGCAGGAAGAUGAGGCUAGACUGGGGAUACAGCCUGAGCAAGACGGCUCAGAAGCCGGGCGAGCUGUGCUUGCUGUGUCUGAUAAAUUGGUUGCCAAUGGUUUGAGCACUGAAGCGGUGGUUAGAGAGUUGAUCCAGGAAGCAACAAGUCCCCAGAAUUUGUCUUUGUUGUACUUUGGAUGGUGCCCAUUCUACUAA